UCAGAAGAGUCCAACCAGCGGGGGAGGCGUUCUCCAAAGUUCUAAUGAUUCCCAGAUGGAAGUCCAGACAGUCUGGCCUGACCUUAAGAAAGCACACACUAAGAAAAUAAAAGCUUGAAAGAGAAGGAACGUGAGAUGGGAUGGAUGGAGGGAGGAGACAAAAAGGAAGAAACAAUCCAGCUCAUUUAGCUACUGCAGGUCUGUCAGACGUGAGAAACCGUUGAUGGUGUGAUUGUCUUUACAACCACUUUUAAGCUAAAUUGACGAGAUUUGUGUGAGGAGGCAUGUGCACCCAUGUGACUCUGAGGGGGGUUCUGCUGGCCCUUCUGCUCCUGCAGGCAGCCACUCAGCACCACAGGAAAGCUCUGUAUCCAUCUGCACACAGGGUAAAGCGUGGGACACAUGCACUUCUCAAUCCCACCUUCCAGCUCCCAGGGGAUGAUGGGAAUCUGCUUUUUGAGAUCCUUCUGGCUGGGAUGCACAUCCAAGCGGAAACCCUGCUGAUCCCAGACGAGGAGCUGGCCUCCAUGAGGAGGGUUGAAAAGCUAGAGGUCAUCUGUGAGGACGUCCUGCCCAAGAAGCUCUCCGACAUCCGACGCCUGAUUGAUGAUCUGACCCGGCGGCGGAAGCGUCUGAGCUGGCCGGACUUUGAGAAAACGGUGCUAACUUUGGUUUAUGUUUCUCAGACUGCGGCUCAAAUCACCAACAGGCUGCAGAAGGAGGUGUGGGCUGACGCCCUGAUGAAGCUCUUUGGAGCCAUUCGGAGAGACCUCCAACCUGUCAAGCAGGAGGUUCAUGAUGCUCAUCAAUGAUUUCCAACUCCCAUAGUUUGCUUCCAAUUAGUUUCUUCUUUCUAAUUGGGCGUGCUGCUUGUUGUGAUGUUCUACAAAACAAAAACUACAUUUUUUAUGCAGAUCAUUUUUCAGAUAUUUUGCUUUUUAAAAGGGACAAUUGUUUUCUAUAAACAACUUGUUGAUAUGGUAUCUGUUAAGCAUAUAUAAAGUGCAAAAUACCACACAUUAGAGAACUACACUUGGAAAAUGUUUGAAGUGUAAAAAGACAUCAGUUUUUAACAAAACAAGUCAGUUUUAUUUUUUUAUUUACUGUUUUUAUUUGUAAUGGGCAAUAAAAGAAAUAAUAG